UAUAGUCUCUGAGAGCUAAGAAUCUUAUGUUAGGCGAAAACCCAUUUGCAAAUAAUACCACUUAGGGUGAGAACCAGAAACUUGAACAGAAAUUAGCUUCCCCUGAAUUGCAUAGUAAGUUGCACGGAAGUCAUGGAGAGCAAAAUGGGGCAUGAUAUAUCACGCGUUGAGUGUGUGAGUUGUGAGUUGUGUGUUGAGGAAAAUAAAAUGAGCGAGUGUGAGCAUGUAGAGGGGAAGUUUAAGACAGAAAGUAAUGAAUGUACAGACAUAAAGCAACCUGUUCAGCGCAGUUGCUCUUUCACUCAGUCUAUCAUCAACAUGACUGGGAUGGUAAUAGGUCUAGGGCAGUUAUCCAAUUCAUACGGCUUGCAACAUGCAGGGUGGGUUUCAAUAUUCUUGCUUUUAGGACUCGGAAUGAUAUGUGCUUAUACUGCUUGCCUAAUUGGUAAAUGCCUCAACAAAAUUCCUGAGUCAAGAAGCUUUACUGACAUUGGACAGCAAGCAUUCGGGACAAAAGGAAAAAUCAUAGCUGCAAUAUUUAGUUACACAGAAAUUUUCAUGGGCCUUGUAUCCUACACAAUUUUACUUCAUGAUAACUUGGAUAUGGUCUUCACAGGAAUUCCUUUUAAGGUACCCAUUCUCGAGAAAUCGAAGAUACUAACCACAAUAGCAGUUUUCAUAACACUUCCUAGUCUAUGGCUCAGAGACCUCUCUUCAAUAGCUUUUCUAUCAGCUGGUGGUAUUAUCAUGUCAGCGCUCAUCUUUCUUACAGUGACAAGUACAGCAAUAUCAGGGGUGGUGAAGGCAAACCAUAACAUACCGGUUCUACGCCUAAACGAAAUUCCUCAUGUAUCUGGACUUUAUGCCUAUAGUUACGCAGGGCACGUUGUUUUUCCCAACAUAUACACAUCCAUGAAAGAUCCCUCCAAGUAUAUGAAGGUUGUUGUAGUGAGCUUCACAAUAGUCAUGUCGCUCUACACAGCCUUGGCCUUCUUGGGUGCAAAAAUGUUUGGGACAGACAUCAGUUCCCAGAUCACGCUCAGUAUGCCACAAGAUCGCAUUGCCACCAAAAUUGCCCUUUGGGCAACAGUGCUGACACCUAUGACCAAAUAUGCACUCCAGUUUGCCCCAUUUGCAGUCCAACUCGAGCGCAAUCUUUCAUCUUUCAAAAAGUCCAGGACAAGGAAAAUCAUACGGAGUAGCAUAGGCUCAAUUAUUCUUAUAACUAUACUGACCCUCGCUCUUUCUGUGCCGUACUUCCACCAUGUUCUUAGUCUAACCGGCUCGUUUGUCAGUAUCAGCAUAUGCAUCAUUAUUCCUUGCACCUUUUAUACCAAAAUUUAUCUUACUGAAAUAUCCAAACCUCGGUUAUUCCUCAACGUGAUUAUCAUCACAAUUGGGUCUGUUAUUAGCAUAACUGGAACUAUUGCAUCUUCAAAGUCACUUAUAAAAAUAAUCACAACAGCUACUCGUUCAGGAUGAGGAUGCCGCUCCUUUUCUUUCGGGAAUCUCAGAUGACAUGAACAGCAAAGAAGAUAGUUUUUGUAUUAUUCACUAUUUCCUAUGCAUGGUACCUAUGUGUAAUAGUGAUACCUGAUGAAAUUAUAGCAGAAACAUUUACAGCUAGGGGAUCCAUGAGACUUUGUCUAAGUAUAGAGUUGUAUCUAGCUGAAACAUUCAGUUCUCAUCGUAACAAUGGUUGGAUAGAGAAUGCAUCUCAGGCAGGUAUCCUAUUGUGUAAUUAUUGGAAAGAAGCAAUAAUAUUAAGGCAUCAUUUUCGUCUGAAAGCCCUUAUC